AUGAACAAAGACUUCAUCACGCAGGGCGGCACGCCCAUAACCGCCGAAUUGGCCACGGAUUUACGGAAUCUGGUGUUCGGUACCUCGGCCAUUCCCAUGCGCGCCGAAUGGCUGCAGACAUCGUUUGUCUUUGGAGCGCCCAAGGAGGAACUGGCCUACGGGCUACGUUCACCCCGGAACGCCACCCGCGGCCUGUUAUCCGUUGUCCAGGGAUUCGUUCUCAAGUAUUUGCUCUUUGCCCGGAAGACCAGUCGCGCCGCAUCGAUGACCGACCCUCUUCUGGCCACAGCUGAAAUGCAGCGGGAGGCUCUGUUCUGCGCACUUCUGGAGAUCCUGCGCACCAUUUCCGACAAGGGCAAGGUCACCAUUGUGUUGCCGUCGGAGGACGAGACUUUCGUGGACCAUAGUGCCUGUUAUUUCCAUGAUUCAGUCACUGAGAAGCUUUAUGUCUUUAACCUGUCACCCAACGAGGAGUUGGAGUACUUUUUAAAGAGGAAUUUCAAAUACUUUACAGAAGAGGAGACGCCGGGCACUCUGCUGUUUCUUUAUAGCGCCGUCCUAACGCGAUCCAUGGGAAAAGUACGCACGGAUCUGGACUCCUCGAAAGGCACACCCCUGACUUCCAGUAACCACGAGGAGGGCUCCCUGAUGAUUGUAACCCUGCUGCUGACGGGCCGUGCCACGCCCUACAUCCAUAAUGGGGUCAUCAAUGUGGGCGAUGAAAGUAGUUAUGCAGUGCCACAGUAUGGAGUCCUCAAGCGCUGCAUGAUCGGUCUUCUGCUCUGGGAUAUCGAGUCAGCCAGUGCUGCAGUUAAUCAAUCUCGCCAGCCAGGCUCUCGCCUGAAGACGCCCAACUAUCCCAUUUGGAUAACGAGCUGUACGGGACACUAUGGAGUGAUUUUUAAUAAGAAUCCGGAUCUGCUGCGAAACUAUCAUGCCGAGUCGAGAUUCGAUGUUAAUUACUAUAGCUGCUCCGGACACCAGAUCCAGAUGACCAUCGAUAAUCGAACGUACAACGAGCAGGCAUUGGUCAUGUUGGAGCGGCAACCAAUCACGCCGGAGAGUACCUCGAUGUCCGGGAAGCCGGCCAAGGAGUCGGAGACCUUGGUGGUUGGCGUGGCGCCAGCAACCGGAUCCGGUGGAGGUGCUGCUGCCGGCGGCGGUGUGGGUGGCGCUAGCGGCGGUGUUGGUGGUGCUGCUAGUGGCGCUAGCGGUGGUAACGAUGUGGUCGCCAAGGAGGAGUCAACGCUCAACACGCCGUUGCAGCGUCUGAUUCAUACCAAGUGGGAAGAGGCAACUAUAAGCUUUCACGUGCAGCCAUCGAUGUUGAGUUAUCUUUUUAGUACCACACAGUAGAAUGCAGGAGCCGUUAAAUGAUUGUGUGUCCUUUGAUCCAUGAAAGGACAUCCUUUGCUAAAGUUAGAACGAUUCAUACUCUGGCCCAAGAGAU